UGCUUCCGCCUCCGCUUCCGGUGGCUCUGUCUGGACCUACGUGGCUUUCGGCAGGGAGAGAGAGAGACCGAGCGAUAGUCAGCCAGCCAUGGACCAGGUGAUGCAGUUUGUGGAGCCGAGCCGGCAGUUUGUGAAGGACUCCAUCCGCCUCGUCAAGCGCUGCACCAAACCGGACAGGAAAGAAUUCCAGAAAAUUGCCAUGGCAACAGCAAUAGGUUUUGCAAUAAUGGGAUUUAUUGGAUUCUUUGUGAAACUGAUCCAUAUCCCCAUCAACAACAUAAUUGUUGGUGGCUGAACACUUACUGGGAAGACCAGUCAACUGAAGCUGGAGCCUGAUGGAUAGUGGGAGGGAAGAGUAAGGGGCUUUUUUUUUUUUUUUUUUUUUGCUUACACAUGUUCCAUGUAUCUUUAUCUGCUAUUUAAUACAAUAAACCCCUAUUUUGGAUUUUAAAAAAA